AAGGUAACGAGAGAAAAACGCUUUGCGGAAUCCUUGGGAACUAACAGAACUCCCAGAGCAUUGUCUGGGAGAAUGCCCUCCUAGCUUUACCCUUCUGAAUGUGACUGAGCAUGGCCGGACCCCCCUGCAUCUUGCUGCCCACAAGGGUCAUCUCCACGUUGUCCAGGUUUUGUUGAAGGCAGGUUGUGACCUGGAUAUUCAGGAUGAUAUACAUUCUUUAAAACCCGGUAAGAGCCGUAAGAAUUAGUUGAAGAAUGACCUCCAGUGGCCUGGAGUGGGAUUAUUAUGAAUUUCAACCGGUGGAGUCCAGCUCUGUAGAGUACGCCACCCCGGGAGCUAACUCCUUCCUUCUCCCUGCCAAUACUGAGAACUCUUACUGGGAUCCCAAUGCCAUCUCUGAAUGGUCAAUGAGUAUCCAUACAGCACGCACCUCAGAAAUAGUCAAGGAGAAAGUUGUCCCGGUGAAGGAGAUCAAGGACGAAAAAGAUAAGAGAAACCAGAAGAGAAAGGCUAGGAAGGAACCUAGAAGAUCAGAAAGAGAGAAGGAGGGCGAUCAGACAGCGUUGCACCGGGCUGCUGUGGUAGGGAACACCGAUGUCAUAGCAACCCUGAUUCAAGAGGGGUGUGCUUUGGACAGACAAGACAAGGAUGGGAACACAGCUCUUCAUGAAGCUUGUUGGCAUGGAUUCAGUCAGUCUGCCAAAGUGCUCGUUAAAGCAGGAGCCAACGUUCUUGCCAAGAACAAGGCAGGUAACACACCUCUUCACCUGGCUUGCCAGAAUAGCCAUUCCCAGAGUACUCGUGUUUUGCUACUUGGAGGAUCUCGAGCAGACCUUAAAAAUAAUGCAGGAGAUACCUGUCUGCAUGUGGCUGCUCGUUAUAAUCACUUGCCCAUCGUUAGGGUGCUGCUCAGUGCUUUCUGUUCUGUCCAUGAAAAGAACCAGGCAGGAGACACUGCACUCCAUGUGGCUGCUGCUCUGAACCACAGGAAGGUGGUUAAGCUGUUGCUGGAGGCAGGGGCUGAUGCAUCCGUUGUCAACAACGCAGGUCAGACCCCUCUAGAGGUUGCCAGACAGCACAAUAACCCUGAGGUUGCGCUCCUCCUCACUAAAGCAUCACAGGUCUCACGCUUUAACCGUGGAAGAAGCCUGAGGAAGAAGAGAGAGAGGCUGAAGGAGGAAAGGCGGGCACAGUCGGUACCACGGGAUGAAGUGGUGCAGAGCAAGGGCAGCGUCUCGGCUGCUGACGACACCCCGAGCAGCGACCAGCCACCGCAGGGGAAGAGCGAGCUGAAGGAUGAGCCCCGGUCGACCUCGCCAGACCCCAAAGGGAAGAAGAGCAAAAAGAAAAAGCCGAAGGAAAAGGUUUCAGCACUCUCGGAUCCCAUCUCCCCGGCGGAUCAGCAGACGCUGCCUCGGCCCCAGCAGAACGUGCCCAAGCGCAGAAGCAAACACCACUGCUCCUCUCCACCCCCACCACACGAGGUCCGCGCCUACCAGCUCUACACGCUCUACCGUGGCAGGGAUGGGAAGGUGAUGCAGGCGCCGAUAAAUGGAUGUCGUUGUGAGCCCCUGAUAAAUAAACUGGAGAAUCAGCUGGAGGCAACGGUGGAAGAGAUAAAAGCUGAGUUUGGGACAGUACAAGAUAAGAUGAACGCUAAGCUGGGCCAGAUAGAAAGCAAAACUCAACACCAACUCCGUGUUCUGGACAAGCUGAUGGCGGAGCGGCUGUCGGCGGAGAGAACGGAGUGCCUGCACCGCCUGCAGCAGCACACCCAGCUGGAGAAGAACGAGGGGGAGAAACGGCAGAUUUCCUUGGUCGAUGAGCUGAAGACGUGGUGCCUGUUGAAGAUUCAGAAUCUGGAGCUCAAGCUUUCCGGUGAUUCUAGGUCAUCCAGACCCAAAUCAACUUUGUCCACUUGUGAGUCCCUCACCGAGACCCUGGACACGGAGAACAACCCCCAGAGUGCCAAGGACUGUAAAGCCACCCAGCCCCUGCUGCAGCCCGAGGGCUCCCACCAGCAUUCCUACGUCACGCUCCCAAACAGCCUCUCGGAAGAGGGGGGAAGGAGCAGAGCCCAGGUGCCAGAACACAACUUUGGGCAACAUUUCUGCAUUCAGCAAGACGGUGCAUCAGGUACAAGCUUGUCAGGUACCGAGCAACAGUUACUGGUUGGUGGGCCAGGUUCUUCUUCUGCCCUUGCUCAAGAUGUCAGGCCAAAGGACAAAGCUGUUAGUGCUGGCACGUUCCACAGGUUCCCCCAGGAGCUGCCCUCCUCCGAGCUUCUGGGCUCCAAGUUAAGACACGUGAAGGUUCAAGCUGCUCUGCAGCCCUUGCCCGAACCCGUGAGGACCGACAUCUUCAUCGACAGAGGAACUCAGACAAAGAAGUCCAGCAAGAGCGGGCAGCCGAGGCACAAAGCUCCGCAUCAGAGCCAGGAGCAGCAGGUGGGGGGACAGCCGGGGGGACAGCAAGGGGGACAGGCACCUGCCCCCCAACUCAGAGACACCUCCCAGGCCCUGGAGAUAACGCAGUACUUCUUCGAGGCCGUUUCCACCCAGAUGGAGAAGUGGUACGAACGGAAGAUAGAGGAAGCCCGGUGCCAAGCCAACCAGAAGGCCCAGCAAGACAAAGCCGCGCUCAAGGAGCACAUCAAAAGCUUAGAGGAGGAGCUCAGCAAAUUAAGGACUAAGGUGCAGAAAGAGAGCUAGCAUCUGCUGAGCAGGUAAAGACAAGCAACGGGACUCGUUUGGGAGCCUGCUGUACAGGAAUCUGGAAUAUUGUUAGAUAUAACACGUUUGUAGUGCCUGUCAUACCCAAACAAAACGCUCUUUUUCAGGAGUAGAAGUAACUUUGGAAGCUCCAGAACCGAGGAGAAUCCAUAUGCAGACUGUACUGACGAUGACGAGAUGCUGCAGAUCAGAUCCUUUCUUUGUUAUUUCCCGGAGUCCGUUAAAUAUUGCACUCUCAAUUUCCAGGUGCUGCUUGAGAACCAACUGCAUUAGACACCAAACCUGCUUCCUGAGAAGGGAAUGUCCUUAUUUCCCUGUGGGUCAUGCGUGGCUGGAGGGUUCCACUGCACUCUGCGUGUGAGCACGUGGCCAUACCAGGGCUGGUGAGGUCCUUUGAGAGGAUGUUUUCUGACAGAAAUUCCUUAGCGAUGAAGGGCUACUGGUACUAUCUCAGAUACUCCCCGUGGCCUCUCUUUAGCCAGCAGAGAGAAGCUGCAGAACCAGCUCAGAUCCCGAGCCCAGGGAGGUGGCAGAUGGGGGCUUCCUUCUGGGAGAGGCCAGGCUCCUGCUGAGUACCAUGCCAGGUGAGUCCAUCCUGUUAGGUACGGAGGCUGCAGCUGCCACUUCGCUUUCCUUUUGGUUUUACAUUAUAAAAAUCAAUGCUAAAUUAGUCUUUUUUUUGGUUUUUUGUUUUUUUUUUGUUUGUUUUUUUUUUUCAAGUGGUGUCCUGGUUGCACAGCUCCAUGUUGUCACAGGGUUGCUGGGGCCACACUCAAGUAACCUGACUGAGGAGUUUUGUUUAGAGCACGGAUGGCAAAUAUUUUACGAUAACCACGCUCUAAUUGUUAGAUAUAAUUUUUAUAUAAAUCUCUUUUCCUUCAAACAGCAAAUGGCUCAAUUCUCUACUACUGAAGAAGCCUGAAAAAGUCCUUUAUCUAAAGUGAAACUUGGUUCCCUGUACUCAAAUGCUUCUUUUCCUGCCGAGUCAGGAUUUUCUCCCAGACACCUUGACUGUCUCCCGUUGUUCCUCUGAGUGAUCCCUCACUCCGUUUUCUCCCUCUUUUCUGCUAAAAAGAGAGGCCGGGCCCCGGCGAGUCUGUAGGUCUCAGGCCAGGUUUCACCAUCAGUCCCACAGAAUAGAGCUCAGCAACAUUUAACAGAUUUUAUGGGUAUGUUUUGUUAUAAAAUUAAAACUUACAACCACCAGUGUUGUCCAGGCUGAAAGACUCCAAACAAACCAUAACUCCUUGCAUCUGCAGCCCUCCAGGGUUCCCUCCAUUCGCCUCUGAGAAGGCUCCAUCAGAUUCUGGUGGAAAAGUAACUUAACAGCUGAUGAUGCAACUCUCCCAAACCGAUUCAAAUACAGGAUAGUGCUGUUAUGCCAACGAGAAAGAGAUGAUAUUUUUUUUCUGUACUGAGCAGCCCUAAAAUCAAUUCGAAAUACUUUACAGUAUUGAAGACACCAUUAACUAAUUAGUAAUUAAGCUUUCGUCUUCUUAGCAGAUGUAUAAAGCAAAGCAAAUUGUAUUAUAUAACAAUAUUUUUGAAGUUCCUACGAAUGCACUAUCAAGGCGAGAAAAGCAUAUCCGCAGUUACGGAAAUAUUAGUUUUUACUGCUCUGGUUUCUGUAAUCUAAUUUAGACAUUUUUCCCAUGUUUACAGUUUUGUUUAAGCUACUGUAGGAAUGCAGGAGCAGGCUAUUUAAGUUUUGUAUCAUCUUGAUAUCAAGUUGAAUGUUUUGCCAAGCAAUUAAAAGUGCGUGUUGCUCAGA